AACGCGUCUUUGCUUAAUUAACAAGUACGUUUGUUUAGUCACCGAGCCAAGACAAUCCGUACAUCCAUCACUUCGACUUUCAUGGAAGCUCUUGCGCGUUUUCCGAGGCAACAUGCUUCGCAGAGUUUGCGGCGUACUUUACACGCGAGCGCCGCGCAGUUGAAAGUUCAGCCGCAGAACUUGAAAGGCAAGAGCAAAGCAUCGCAGGACUGGCUGACGAGGCACCUCAAUGACCCGUACGUGAAACAGUCGCGGUACGACAACUAUCGAGCGAGGAGCGCUUACAAGCUUGCGGAGAUCGACGACAAGUACCACAUCCUCAAACCUGGCUACAACGUCGUGGAAUGCGGGGCAGCUCCUGGAGCCUGGACACAAGUUAUCGUGGAAAGGAUCAACGCCAACGGGACAGAUUUCAACACUGCAAGAGGAACGGUCGUUAGCUUAGACCUUCUGCCUAUUGACCCUAUACCCGGUGCGACCUUCCUACCCAACACGGACAUUCUGAAGCCAGAGUCCACAGCAAAAGUCUUGAAAUGCCUCGACGGCAAAUCUGCCAACGCUGUACUCAGCGACAUGGCACCGAAUGCCAGUGGUGUGAAAUCUCUUGACCACGAGGCGGUCGUUGCACUUUCGUACGCGGCUCUCAUUCUCUCCUUCAGAGUUCUCGGCGUCGGCGGUUCAUUCCUGUGCAAGAUCUGGAACGGCAGCGAGGCAGUCAAGCUCUCCGACGACAUCAAGAGGUUCUUCACGUUUGUGAACUACGUGAAGCCGCCGGCAAGUCGCAAGGAUUCCGGCGAGAUUUACAUCUUGGGCCGAGAGUUUAAGGGAGCCGAAGUCAAGAAGUAGCGAGUAGUGUAGCCAAGGAAUUCUGGUGCAGCCUUAGUGUCGCUCGUAUUGCGCAUUCCUAUCUGUCUGGUGCUGUGCCAACAGCAGGCAACCACUGCCAACAAUGCAGGAGUGCGCACCAAGGCCGUGCAAGUUCUGCGAGUCUGCGCUCGCGAGGUACACUUGCCCGAGGUGCAACUGCGGCUACUGCUCCAUCAAAUGUUACAAGGAUGCCAGGCAUCAAGGCUGCAGUGAGGACUUCUACAAGGACUGCGUCCAGACCUACUUGCGCAUGGAGCAGGCCAACCCCGAAACCCAGAAAAAGAUGGUGGACAUUCUUAAGGCCGUCCAGA